GCUAGCAUUGUUAGCAAACAGCCGCUACUUUACUAACAUAGAUACCGGAGGACCCGGCAAGUUCAAUCAGCGGAUACUGACUUUGUAUGCUUUGCAUAAAUCCAUGGAAAGCUUUUCCUAACAUUGCGUCGUAGUUGACAACUGGCUUGAUUUUUAUGUAUUAAUGCCGGCGUUACGUAGACAACAUUAGCUUACCUUUUGCUUUGGCUAAGUUAGCUAACCAACUAACUGUAGCCCGUACGCUAGUGCGACUAACGUCUGUUACGUUCGCAGGAGAGCAUUGUGACUUGGAGGAAGGAAGGGAGGAAAUUGAUAAGUAGGAUCACUGCGCACCGCUGCUUAUGCAAAGCUAGCACACUUUUUGGACUCCUGAGUCCUCACACUGAGGCGCAUUUAGAAACGGUGACGAUCUGUGUACACUGUGUGAUAUUUAGCGCUGUUUGGCUAAUAAGAUAUGCUGUUAGUGGCCAUAGAUCGCUGUCAACAACAACAGCCCUCUUGGCUAGCUGUAUGAGGCAAGAGCUACCACGCUAGCCGCAAACUUCUAAAGAAGUUGUGUAAGUCCGGUUCAGCUAUCUGACUGAUAUAUGCUAACUAGCAAACCGGUGAUUUAAACUUUUUAUAGUCAUACUCUUUAACUCAGCCGCUUUUUCACAAGGACGACAGGGGAAACUUAAUGGCAUCGGAUGUGAUCGAGGGCGAAGCGGUGCUGAAGGGUGUAAGUGAUAUGAAUUUGAACAAUAGCAGCCCAGAUUUUGUCACACCCAGGAGGACUCAUGAGGAGCUGAGAAACAGACAGACUUCCAGUCCAUCAUCUUCUGGAGUGUCGGGAGAAGGCGAUGAGGAGGAAUUAGACGAGUUACAAAAUAGCACAGCUUCCACAGUUGAAAAUGGCGAAGAGGCACUUCAAGAGACUCCAACCAAAACAAGAGGUACGCCACAGGAAAGGACAACCCCGGACAAUGAGCAGAAACAGCCGGGAGCUAGGAGCUCUACCCCAGUGAGCCUCCCACAGCCACGAUCACCACCCGGACCCAUUGGAAGCCUGGAGCGCCAAGAGUCAGUCGCCACAACAGAAGCCCGCCUAAGAAUGGAAGGAGUUGAACUUAAGGAAGAGUGGCAGGAUGAGGACUUUCCACGGCCCCUGCCAGAGGAAGAGGAGCUUGAAGACGAGCUUUUUGCGGGAACCUCUGAAGAGGGAGAUCCUGGCUAUGCAAUGAACCCUGCCAAGAAGGCAAAGAAGAAGCUUGCAGCUCCGGACAUCAGCCUUACACUCGACCGCAGUGAAGGCUCCCUUCUCUCUGAUGAGCUGGAUGAAAGCACCGAGCUGGACCUCGAUGACAUAGACACGCCUUCAGAAAACAGCAAUGAGUUUGAAUGGGAAGAUGAUCUCCCCAAGCCGAAAACCACAGAGCUGCUGCAGAAGGGUGUGGAGUCGGUCCAGGAGUACUCGGCCUCGGAGGAGAGGGAGGAGGGUCGGCGCUGGAGGGUGUUUCGUAUCGGAGACCAGGAGCACAGAGUGGACAUGAAGGCCAUCGAACCCUACAAGAGGGUUAUCAGCCAUGGAGGUUACUAUGGAGAUGGCUUGAAUGCCAUAAUCGUGUUUGCGGUGUGCUUCAUGCCUGAGAGCAAUCAACCAAAUUACAGAUACAUCAUGGACAAUUUAUUCAAGUAUGUCAUCGGCACACUGGAGCUUUUGGUCGCCGAGAACUAUAUGAUUGUGUAUUUGAAUGGGGCGACCUCGCGGAAAAAGAUGCCAACUGUGGGCUGGCUCAGGAAGUGUUAUCAGCAGAUUGACAGGAGAUUAAGGAAGAACUUGAAGUCUUUGAUAAUCGUCCAUCCCUCUUGGUUUAUUCGCACCCUGUUGGCACUCACAAAACCUUUCAUAAGCUCCAAAUUCAGUCAGAAAAUCAAGUAUGUGUACAGCUUGACAGACCUGGCAGCGUUGGUUCCAAUGGAGUAUGUGUCCAUACCAGAUUGUAUCAAACAGUUUGACGACGAAAAAAAUAGGAAAAGCCGUAAAAGAAUCGACCAAGACAUGCACGGCAAAGUGGAGAUCGCAGCCGCCGCUGUUCCAGAGUGACCCUGCCCGCACUGCGAGACGUGGAGGAGGAGGAGGAGAACGAUGAAGAAUGUUUAGAACCGCAGCCACUCUUCUGUUUAUAUUCUGGGCAAUGUGACUGGAGAAUUAGCUCUUUGCAUCAAGAAAGUGCCUUUUUGAAACUAUGCUGCCUGUUACGUCGUGGAAGUUUUUACAGCUCGAUCCUCAGCGUUUUUUUUCACAUGCUGUCUCAAACGUUUUUAAUCUUUUUUUUAUUUACUGCAGGUAUAUCAAGUCAAUCUUAUCUUAUUGGUGUUCCCUAGUUACUGUUGUAUCUACACGUUAUUUAAGGCACUCUGUUACAAGUGGUUGAUGCAUGUUCUGCUUUAUUACAUUUAAAUAUAUAUUUAUAUUCAAAAGGUGACAAUGGAGAGAAAUUAAUAUAUUUUUAUGGUUGCUCUGAUUUUAAACUGCAUUUUAGGUCUCUGACCCACUGAGUGACAUUUCAUAGAACAAGUUUUGACGGCACCUUUUUCACUGUUCACUGCUGACGUUCUCUGUUAAAAUCCUGCCUGGGGAAAAUAAAGUUUUAUUUUUUGCCCAUCA